AUAAACGACUGGUGGCCUUAGUGCCCAUGCACAGUGACCCCCCGUUCAAUACCCGAAGAGCCUACACCAGUGAGGAUGAAGCCUGGAAGUCAUAUUUGGAGAAUCCCCUGACGGCGGCCACCAAGGCGAUGAUGAGCAUUAAUGGUGAUGAGGACAGUGCUGCUGCCCUGGGCCUGCUGUAUGACUACUACAAGGUUCCUCGAGACAAGAGGCUGCUAUCUGUAAGCAAAGCAAGUGACAGCCAAGAAGAGCAGGAUAAAAGAAACUGUCUUGGCACCAGUGAAGCCCAGAGUAAUUUGAGUGGAGGAGAAAACCGAGUGCAGGUCCUAAAGACUGUUCCAGUGAACCUUUCCCUAAAUCAAGACCACCUGGAGAAUUCGAAACGGGAACAGUACAGCACAAACAUCUCUGAGAGCCCAGCCAUCAUCCCCGUAUCAGGAAUCACAGUGGUGAAAGCUGAAGAUUUUACACCCGUUUUCAUGGCCCCACCCGUGCACUAUCCCCGGGGAGACGGUGAGGAGCAACGUGUGGUUAUCUUUGAACAGACUCAAUAUGGCAUGCCCUCCAUGGCCAGCCACAGCACCUACCUCAAGGAUGACCAGCGCAGCACCCCAGACAGCACUUACAGCGAGAGCUUCAAGGAUGGAACCACAGAGAAAUUCCGGAGUGCUUCAGUUGGGGCUGAGGAGUACAUGUAUGACCAGACAUCAAGAACAAUCCCUGUGGAAUACUCUGGCACUUCCAGCAAAAUUAAGCCACGGGAAACUGAUUACAAGGAGAGCUUUAAUACGAUUGGAAACAUCGAGGAGAUUGCAUAUAAUGCUGUUUCCUUCACCUGGGACGUGAACGAAGAGGCGAAGAUUUUCAUCACUGUGAAUUGCCUGAGUACAGAUUUCUCCUCCCAGAAAGGGGUGAAAGGACUUCCUUUGAUGAUUCAGAUUGAUACGUACAGUUAUAAUAAUCGUAGCAAUAAACCCAUUCAUAGAGCUUACUGCCAGAUCAAGGUCUUCUGCGACAAAGGAGCAGAAAGGAAAAUCCGAGACGAAGAGAGGAAGCAGAACAGGAAGAAGGGGAAAGGCCAGGCCUCCCAAACCCCCUGCAACAACUCCUCUGAUGGGAAGUUGGCGGCGAUACCUUUACAGAAGAAGAGUGACAUCACCUACUUCAAAACGAUGCCUGACCUGCACUCACAGCCGGUCCUCUUCAUACCUGAUGUUCACUUUGCAAACCUGCAGAGGACGGGACAGGUGUAUUACAACACGGAUGAUGAACGAGAAGGCAGCAGUGUCCUUGUUAAACGGAUGUUCAGGCCCAUGGAAGAGGAAUUUGGUCCAGCACCUUCUAAGCAGAUGAAAGAAGAAGGGAUGAAGCGAGUGCUGCUGUACGUGCGGAAGGAGACGGACGAUGUGUUCGACGCUUUGAUGUUGAAAUCCCCCACUGUGAAGGGCCUGAUGGAAGCGAUAUCUGAGAAGUAUGGGCUGCCUGUGGAGAAGAUCACAAAGCUUUACAAGAAAAGCAAAAAAGGGUAAGAAAGAAACUUUAACUGACUUCGAAAUCAGAUCAGUCUACAUGGUGCCUUUAACAAAAAAGAUGGUGCCUACCUUUUGUUAGUUCUGUUGUCCACCUUUUAUAGAAAUUGUGUGUCAUCCUUACAAAGGAUUGCUGAGCCGCUUGCAAAUUGAAGGCAUUUUGAAGAUCUUAGUAAGAGAGGGAGGGAAGGAGACAGUGCAUUGUCACGAUGCUGGCUGAGACGUCCCAUUCCAAGGACAGGAUGAGCCGGUGGAAUAUAAGGGUCCAGAAGUGGUGAGGACACUGGGGAGAGAGGGGCAAAGUCACCCCUCUGCAGAGAACUGGGUUUAUAAAGAAUCACAUGCUGCUCUUGGGAUUGGUUUCAGGAUGACACAGUAAGAACAGGAAGCGUUCAGGGUGAAGAGAAUUUUUCUGAGGGAAUUAUUAACCAAAUGAUCUAAAUGAUCAUUGGACCUGCUUGUUCUCAGUGUUAAGAACAAUACCUCGGGCACCUGGGUGGCUCAGUUGGUUAAGCGACU